AUGGUUAUCACAGUCCAAGCUGAGCCAGUUCGAACCAGCGCAGAACAGAGUCUCUCCCUCUUCAUGGCGUCGACGGCGAUCGUGAAUCGCUGGGUGCAUGCUUCAGUUACAAGCCUGCAUGCUUCCCUAGCACUCCUUCUAGUGGUUGGCGCAAUCCUCUACAAGAUUGCUACCUAUGACAAGCGGCGUCGGCACUUGCCGCCAAAUGUUCCUGCGUGGCCAAUUAUCAACCACACCUUCAUACAACAGAAGGACAAUACACCACCGAUAUUGAGAUCCUGGGGCGAAACAUAUGGCGAGGUCUUUCGAACUAAAGCAGGGACAACUGAUUUCAUUUGGCUAAACUCGAAAGAAGCCGUGAAGGAGGUUUUUGACCGCCGAUCUGCCAUCUAUUCUAGCCGGCAGCCGAUGCCGAUGGCCUUUCAAUGCGCUACUGGUGGCAAACGCAUCACGUUCGCUCCCUACGGCAAGAUGUGGCGAAGCUCACGGAGUAUCUUUCACAGGGUUUUGACGCAGAAAAUGGCAGAAGACUACUCCGUGAUCCAGCUCUACGAAGCAAAACAACUGAGCGUUGAUCUGCUCGACAAUCCUCAAGAUUUUUACAUGCACAACAGGCGAUAUUCGGCAAGUGUCAUUAUGCAAGUCACCUAUGGGUGGCGUAUCCCACAAUACUGUCCGGAGAUCCGACGCAUCUUCGAGGUGCUGGGCCGUUUCGUGCAAUGCCGCAGACCAGGGCAGUGGCUGGUUGAUGUAUACCCAUCCUUGGCAGCUAAUCCAAUCUUCAACUAUUUCUCUAGCUGGAAGCAGAUUGGCACCCGGUUUCAUGACUUGGAUGAAGCCAUUUGGAUGGACUUUUGGCAGGCAUGCAAAGAGAAGGUCGAUGCAGGGAUAGCGCCUCAUUGUUUUGGCAAGAUUUUGCAGGCAAGUUAUGAAAAGCUCGGUCUGACUGAGGGCCAGGCUGCUUGGAUAUGCGGGGGUCUUAUCGAAGCAGGCAGCGAGACUACUUCAGCUACCCUCAACAACUGCAUAUGUCUCAUGCUGUCGAACCCGUCAGCUGUCGAAAAGGCACAAGAAGAGGUCGACCGUGUAGUUGGACCAGACCGCACGCCGACCUUCAAAGAUGAAGCUGACCUUCCUUACAUCCGUGGCAUGAUCAAAGAGACUCUUCGCCUCAGACCUAUCAACAAAUUUGGCAACAACCAUUACAAUGUCGAGGAUGACUGGUAUAAUGGCUUCUUCAUACCCAAGAACAGUAUCAUCGUAGCAAAUUGGUGGUACAUUCACUUUGAUCAGCAGCAUUACCCAGAGCCCGAUUCGUUUCUGCCAGAGAGGUGGCUGGAUUACCCGUACGGUGCAGCAGAAGCUGCAGCAUUGGCGGACGGCACCAAGAGAGACCAUCUUUCGUAUGGUGGAGGACGAAGAAUCUGUGCCGGUCUACAUGUCGCGGAAAGAAGCCUGUUCAUCAACGUCGCAAGACUUCUUUGGGGCUUCAAUGUGUCGCACGCACUUGAUGAAAGAGGCAAAGUCAUCCCGGUAGACUUUGGGACCACUGGUCUUCGACCUGGGAGUUCGAGCGUGGCCAAGCCAUUCCAAUGCCAGAUAAAGCCCAAGUCCGAGGAUCACGCACAACUACUCAGGAAAGCAUGGGAGAUGGCACAAGAGGAUGGUAUCGAUUUUUCACACAUCAAAUGGGCUAUCUAG